AUGUUGAGGCUAUGGCCGGGUGCUUAUAGUCCUGCGAUACUGACCGGAGGUGACUCGACUGUCAUACGGCAUACGAAUCACGACCUCUUUCUCAUCGACCACUUCGUGAGGAGCUCGGCGGUGGAGUUUGAUAGUGCACAGCACGGCCGAGUGUACUCGACUUCGGCGCUGGAGUUGGCGAAGCUGUAUCCGUUCCUCAUGCACGGCAUGAUCGCGCUGUCUGCGUGUCACGUACAGCAUCUGGGGGUCGUCGAUGCCAGAAAGUACCGCAAUGCGGAAGCUUUCCAUUGUCAUCUCGCCAGCCAAGGAUUGAGAAACGCCGUCGGAGGUAUUAUUGCAAGCACCAACGAGGCGGAUUCCAUUCUGACGACAGCAAUGCUGCUCAACACAUUAACGUUCUGCGCGGCAUCGUAUCGCGACGACGAAUCUGCGGCUCCUCACACGCCCGGCACAAUCGCAAGGGGCGAUCGUGGUGGUAGUGGUGAUGGCGGCCGCAGACCCCGCUUUGACUGGCUUCGUAUCCAGAUUGGCCUGACGGAUCUGCUCAUGCGCACGCAGCCAUAUCGGGCGGACAGCAUCUGGAGGGACGUCUUUAGUGCAGCCAACGACCGGUGGAUCCUCGGUCCCGCGGUGAAUAAUCUGGGUGAUCGUCUGUCGGACUUCUGCUUGAACAGGAAUACUGCCGGUUCUACGCGUCCUACUGGUCGUUCUGAUGAUGGCGCUGAUGAGGCUCUUUCUGCAGAUACGGAGACGGGAGACAACGUGUAUGCGCAGGUCAUCAGUCAGCUAACUCACGUGGUGGAGCGGGAUCCACGUCCGGAGUAUCUGCUUCUGUAUCUCCAGCCAGUAGGGGCGAUGACGUCAGAGUUUGUCGAGCUGCUGGAGGCGAACGACGUGAGGGCCCUGCUGCUGUUCGCGCACUGGCUGCGGUUACUGUGCUGCGUCGAUGCCUGGUGGUGUGUGCGCAGGACGAGGCGCGAGUGUCGGGCGAUCUGUGAGAUUCUGUGCAAGACUUUGCAUGGCGAAGACUUGGAUCUUCUAAGGCUUCCGGCGGCGGCUUGUGGUUUUUGGCAACGUCACGGUGUGGAGGGACAAGAGGAGGGGGGGAAUCUGGGGAUCUUGGGCAGAAGCGGAGAGACUCUGGAGAUUGUGGGAGAGGCGACAGGCUAA